AUGAUAGAUAAACAUACAUGGACCGAUGAGCAAACAAAAUUCUUUUGGCACACUUGUAUUGAAAAAGUACAAAGUGUGGGUAGAAAAGGUUUGUGUUUGCACAAACAUUCAUGGAACAAAUUAGAAACAACCAUUAAGGAAAAGUUUGGUGUGGAUUUGAGUCAAAGACAAUUGAAAAACGCCUAUGACAACCUUAAAUCCAAAUACACAGGAUGGUUAUACUUGAAAAACAAAACUAACAACCUUUACAAUCCUCAAACAAACACUUUUAACUUAACAAAUGAGGAGUGGAAGGACUUUGAAAAGGGACAUCUGAAAGCCGCUUCUUUGAAAACUGUCUCAUUGUUGUUUCUAGAGCUUUGUGAAGAACUCUUUGAUGGAAAUAGUGCAUCUAGUAAUCUCAGUUAUGCCACAUCCUAA